AUGCAAUCGACAGCAUCAAUGCUGCCGGUGCCUGAGCGCACAUUUCGGUCAUAUGACAUCAAUCAAGGCAGAGCAUACGCCACAGGUCGAACCGAUUAUAGCCCAUUCGUCUAUGAAAUCGUAAUAAAACAACACAAGCAAAAUGGUGGCCAGUUUGGAACACUUAUUGAUCUUGGAACUGGGCCUGGUAAUGUGGCAAGAGCCCUCGCUCCCCAUUUCGACAAAGUCAUUGGCCUCGAUCCUUCUGCUGGUAUGAUUGACGCUGCCAUAUCCAUUGGCGGCACAUGCCGUACUGGCGAUCCGAUUCAGUUUCGAAUUUCCACUGCUGAGGAUCUUGGUCAGAGUCUGGAUCCCCCGGUUCUACUAAGCAGCGUCGACCUCAUCACAGUUGCCAACACCGCCCAUUGGUUCAACAUGAAGGCGUUCUGGGAGGCUGCUAGGCAGAUAUUGAAGCCAGGCGGUUGCGUGGCAAUAUGGACGACUGGUGACAUCGAACCUCACCCUGACAUGCCCGCCGGUGAUAAGAUUGAAGCGGCGUGGACGGCGAUGCUGGACGACGAAGUACGCCAGUACUAUAUGCCGGGAAACAUCCUGGUUUGCAAUCGAUACCGCGACCUAGAAAUGCCAUGGGACGGACCAGAGCCUGUAAUCGGAUGGGACAAGUCAGGCAUGUUUCGUAAAGAGUGGACUCUUGAUGAAGAGUUCUUUCUCGGAGGUGGCGAGAUGGAUAUGGACACUUUUGAGCAUAUCAUGGACACUGUUAGCUCGUAUACACGAUGGAGGGCAGCGAACCCAGAGAGAGCCGGUACGGACAGGGAUGUCAUCAAGAUGAUCCGAAAGACCAUUGAGACACUGCAAGCAGAUGCAGGCGUUGCCCCAGGACAAGCAAGGCUCAAAGCAGCACUUCGCGGUGCAUUGUUGGUAGUUCAAAAGGAGUAG